AUAUUAGAUCUGGAAUUGAAAACCCUAGAAAAAAGUUGUAAACCCUAGUGAAAAAUUAACCUGUAACUGAGUGAGAGAGGAGAAGAACAGAUCUGCUUUUUUGCGAGCAGAUCUUCAAUUACAUACACAAAAUCAUGUCUUCAUCACUGUACACUUAACCAUUUUCUUGUUACACAUCUCUUACACCAUUAAUAUCUCUAUAGUUUUUUUCUUUUCUUUCUUUUUUUGCUGGUGUGAGAAAUUGUACGCUUACUAUCUCUCUCUCUCUCUGCCAGAUUCUCUCUUUUUGAUGAUGUGAAAGUUGUGCUUUUGUUUCUUAAGAAAAAGGCAUAUUUUUAAUACUUGAUUCUUGGUUCUUGAUUCUUGAUUCUUGGUUUUUUUUAGCUUCUUAAGUUCGGUGAUGUCGUCUUCCACCAAUGACUACAACGAUGGUAAUAACAAUGGAGUGUACCCUCUCUCUCUUUACCUUUCUUCACUCUCUGGCCAUCAAGACAUCAUUCAUAAUCCCUACAACCAUCAGUUAAAAGCAUCUCCGGGCCAUAUGGUAUCAGCAGUUCCUGAAUCUCUGAUCGAUUACAUGGCGUUUAAGUCAAAUAAUGUUGUGAAUCAACAAGGCUUUGAGUUUCCUGAGGUGUCAAAGGAAAUCAAGAAGGUGGUGAAGAAGGACCGACAUAGCAAGAUUCAAACGGCACAAGGGAUUAGAGACAGGAGGGUUAGGCUUUCUAUUGGGAUUGCUCGCCAAUUCUUUGAUCUUCAGGAUAUGUUGGGGUUUGAUAAAGCUAGUAAAACGUUAGACUGGCUGCUCAAGAAGUCAAGAAAAGCCAUCAAAGAGGUCGUACAAGCAAAAAACCUCAACAAUGAUGAUGAAGAUUUUGGAAACAUUGGAGGCGAUGUAGAACAAGAAGAGGAGAAGGAGGAGGAUGACAAUGGCGAUAAGAGCUUCGUGUAUGGUUUGAGCCCCGGGUACGGUGAAGAAGAAGUGGUAUGUGAGGCCACGAAGGCAGGGAUAAGAAAGAAGAAGAGUGAGUUGAGAAACAUCUCAUCAAAGGGGCUAGGAGCCAAAGCUAGAGGAAAAGCAAAGGAGCGAACAAAAGAGAUGAUGGCCUAUGAUAAUCCAGAGACUGCCUCUGAUAUUACACAAUCUGAAAUCAUGGACCCAUUCAAGAGGUCUAUAGUCUUCAAUGAAGGAGAAGAUAUGACACACCUUUUCUACAAGGAACCAAUCGAGGAGUUUGAUAAUCAAGAAUCUAUCUUAACCAAUAUGACUCUACCAACGAAGAUGGGUCAAAGUUACAAUCAAAAUAAUGGGAUACUUAUGUUGGUAGAUCAGAGUUCUAGCAGCAACUAUAAUACAUUUCUGCCUCAAAAUUUGGAUUAUAGUUAUGAUCAAAACCCUUUUCAUGACCAAACCUUAUAUGUAGUCACCGACAAAAAUUUCCCCAAAGGUUUCCUAUAAAUCUCGACAGUUUUGAAGGACUAUGCAUGAUCAAGUUUAAACAUGUGACACUGAGAAUUAGUGUGUGGAAUGUGGAGGCGUGCCUGCCGUGGUGUCUAUUUGAUUCAUAGUUUGUGAUUUGGCCAUCCAGGUAUGAGGAGAAUAUAUCCUACUUUCAUAUUAUUGUCUAUAUAGAAGAUAUAUACACAUUUAUAUAUUGGUGUAUUUAUUCUCUUACUCGGAGGAUGUUUUGCAAUGAUGCUUUUUGAAGCAAAUAUGAGUUGUUUGUUUAUGGGGUUUGAAGUUUGGCGUUUUG